AAAUAGUCAUUUCACUAAUUUUAUGACUCCAAAACCAUAUUCAGUUUUCAUUCCCUUUUUUCAAACUUUAUAAUUUCUCUCCUCAAUUUCAUAUUUUUAAAUUCUCUCCUUUUGAUUAUUGUACCAACAUCAGCUUGAGUUUUCUUCAUCCAGAGAGAGUUCUACAAUCAGUCCUCUCUCUGGAAAAUCAAAAAACAAAAACCUCAAGUUGUAGCAACAUGGAAAAUCACAUAGCUCUUGAAAUCAUAGAAGAACAAUCCUCACCUGAUAAAACUCCACCACUACUUAAGUUUAUAUCAUCACAUGAACUUGAUUGUUUUGAUUCAUUUCACUCUCAAUUUCCAAGCCCAACUGCCAAAGAACCUGAAGCAACUUCACCUUCAAGCAACCAAGAUGAACCAUUAGUCAUCAAUCAUCAAAGAAAGCCUUCUGUUUCCAUAAGCAUGCCACUUUCUGCUGAAGAAGUUCUAUUUCAAACAAUGCACAAUGACAAGAAAGUUUUCUUUAGUGGCGACAAUAUUAUCAUCAACGAUAGUGUUCCGCUUGAAAAACCAAAUUCCAAGCCUCCAAAACAUCCGAAAUGUUACUCGCAACCAAUGCCAAAGGGAUUUGUUUAUCCAAAUGGUUCUCAAACUCAAAAGUUUAAUAAUCAUCACAAUCAACCUGGAAUCAAGAUGUUCCGAGAUAAGAGAUUUGACUCGUUUAAAACAUGGUCCGGUGGACUUGAGAGACAGUUAACGAUUCUGCGCGGUAAAGAACCUGCUGGAAAUGCACAAGAUGGUCACACCCCUUCAAGGACUAGGAGUAUUGAUAAGGCUUUACCUGUUGAUAGGUAUUUUGAUGCAUUGGAAGGUCCAGAAUUAGAAACUCUUAGGGCAUCAGAAGAGAUAAUGCUUCCUCACGACAAGCAAUGGCCGUUUCUUCUUCGGUUUCCCAUUUCAUCGUUUGGUAUAUGCCUCGGAGUUAGCAGCCAAGCAAUCCUUUGGAAAACACUAGCCACAUCACCUACCACUCAAUUUCUUAACAUACCUCCUGAAAUAAACCUAGUCUUAUGGUACAUUGCAACAAUACUUGUCGCAUCCGUUUUCACAGUCUAUAUCCUCAAACUGCUUCUCUACUUUGAAGCAGUUCGUCGCGAAUACUACCAUCCAAUCCGUGUAAACUUCUUCUUCGCACCGUGGAUAGCUCUCUUGUUUUUAGCCCUCGGCGUUCCUCCAUCCGUUGCCGAAAACCUUCAUCAUUCACUAUGGUACAUUCUAAUGUUUCCAAUAUUUGUUCUCGAGCUUAAGAUUUACGGACAAUGGAUGUCCGGUGGACAAAGGAGGUUAUCAAAAGUGGCAAACCCUUCGAAUCAUUUAUCAAUCGUUGGAAAUUUUGUGGGAGCGUUACUCGGUGCAUCUAUGGGACUAGUAGAAGGACCUAUUUUCUUCUUUGCUGUUGGACUUGCUCAUUACAUUGUGUUAUUUGUGACACUUUAUCAAAGGCUUCCAACUAAUGAGACACUACCUAAAGAGUUACAUCCAGUGUUCUUUCUUUUUGUUGCAGCACCUAGUGUUGCUUCAAUGGCUUGGGCUAAGAUGCAAGGUUCCUUUGAUUAUGGCUCAAGGAUUGCAUAUUUCAUUGCCUUGUUCCUUUAUUUCUCAUUGGCUGUGAGGAUCAAUUUCUUCAGAGGAUUCAAAUUCUCUCUUGCAUGGUGGGCCUAUACUUUUCCAAUGACUGGAGCUGCAAUUGCAACCAUAAGAUACUCAAAUCAAGUACCAAAUAUUGUCACUAAAUCAUUGUGUAUUGCAUUGGCUCUCAUCUCCACAGUCACAGUGAUGGCUCUUCUUGUAUCAACAAUAUUGCAUGCAUUUGUCUUUAGAGACCUUUUCCCUAAUGACAUUGCUAUUGCCAUAAGUGAUAGGAAGAGAAAGACACAUUGGUUAGGGUUUAGAUAUGGAAGCCAAGACUCUAAAGAGAUUGAAAAUUACUUGAAGUUUGUGAACACUGAUGAUAGUAAUUUGGAGGAUUCCACCACACAACCGGUCUCAAGUGGCACCGGCACAGAUCAUAGUUCGCCAAAUUAAGAAAAUUCGGCUAACGGUUUUAAAAAGGGUUUUUGAUGUCUUGGCAUUAGAUAUCUAUUUUGUGUGAUAUUUGUUAGUAGGGUUUUAAAACAGUCCACGACGAUCUGGAGUGCGACAUCAAUGUUUUUGUCGUAGCAUUUGAUGAUCUAUUCUCUGUGAUAUCAAGGAUCGUUAUGUGACUUCGAAUGAUAAUGUGAUUUUAAAUGUUUGUUGGUA